AUGCCUUUGCCAGCGGAGGCGAGGGCGACCCCGAGGGCGACGGGGCGCGCGGUGGCUCCGGCGCUGCUGCUGCUGCUGCUCUCCGCGGUGCGUGCGACUGCCCCGCCGCGACCCCUGCUCCCGCUGCAGCCCAGCAUGCCCCAUGUGUGUGCCCAGCAGCAGCUGACCCUGGUGGGCCAUCGUCGGCCCUGUGUGAAGGCCCUCAGUCGCAUGGUGUCCGUGUGGAAGCCGGGCUGUGGGCGCCAGGCAUGGUGCAUUGGCCACGAGCGCAGAACCGUCUACUACACAGGCUACAGGCAGGUGUAUGCUGCGGAGGCCCGCACCGUGUUCCGGUGCUGCCCGGGAUGGAGCCAGCAGCCGGGUCAGGAGGGCUGCCUCUCAGAUGUGGACGAGUGUACCAGUGCCAACGGGGGCUGUGAGGGCCUGUGCUGCAACACGGUGGGCGGCUUCUACUGCCGCUGCCCCCCUGGACACCAGCUGCGGGGGGACGGCAAGACCUGCCAAGAUGUGGACGAGUGCCGUGUGCACAACGGAGGCUGCCAGCACAGGUGUGUCAACACGCCCGGUUCCUACCUCUGCGAGUGCAAGCCUGGUUUCCGGCUCCACGCCGACGGCAGGACCUGCCUGGCCGUCAACUCCUGUGCCUUGGGCAAUGGCGGCUGCCAGCACCUGUGCGUCCAGCUCACGGUGACGCAUCACCGCUGCCAGUGCCGGCCGGGCUUCCAGCUGCAGGAGGACGGCAGGCGCUGUGUCCGGAGAAGCCCGUGUGCAGAUGGGAAUGGCGGCUGCAUGCACACGUGCCAGGUGCUGCGGGGCCUUGCCCACUGUGGGUGCCGAGUGGGCUACCAGCUGGCUGCAGACCGCAAGGCCUGUGAAGACGUGGAUGAAUGUGCCUCGGGACUGGCCCAGUGUGCCCACGGCUGCCUCAACACUCGGGGGUCCUUCAAAUGUGUGUGCCACGCAGGCUACGAGCUGGGUGCUGAUGGCCGGCAGUGCUACCGGAUCGAGAUGGAGAUUGUGAACAGCUGCGAGGCCGGCCGGGGCGGCUGCUCCCACGGCUGCAGCCACACCAGCGCAGGGCCCCUCUGCACCUGUCCCCAUGGAUACGAGCUGGACGAGGACCAGAAGACCUGUGUUGACGUUGACGACUGUGCCGACUCCCCGUGCUGCCAGCAGGUCUGCGCCAACAGCCCCGGCGGGUACGAGUGUGGCUGCUACGCCGGCUACCGGCUCAGCACCGAUGGCUGCAGCUGUGAGGACGUGGACGAGUGCGCCUCUGGCCACGGGGGCUGUGAGCACCACUGCACCAACCUGGCCGGCUCCUUCCAGUGCUCUUGCGAGGCCGGCUACCGGCUGGACGAGGACCGCAGGGCAUGCACCCCUCUGGAGGAGCCCACGGUGGACCUGGAUGGCCAGCUGCCCUUCGUGCGGCCCCUGCCCCACAUCGCGGUGCUGCGGGACGGGCUGCCGCAGCUCUUCCAGGACGACUCUGGGGCCGAGGAGGAGGAGGAGGAGGAGGCGGAGGCGGAGCUGCGGGGAGAGCACACGCUCACUGAGAAGUUUGUCUGCCUGGGUGACACUUUCGGCCAGGACUGCAGCUUGACCUGCGACGACUGCGUGAACGGAGGGACCUGCCUCCCAGGCCUGGACGGCUGCGACUGCCCCGAGGGCUGGACCGGGCUCGUCUGCAAUGAGACUUGUCCUCCAGACACCUUUGGAAAGAACUGCAGCUCCCCCUGUGGCUGCCAGAAUGGAGGGACCUGCGAUCCUGUGACGGGUGCCUGCCGCUGUCCCCCAGGUGUCAGCGGGACUCACUGUGAGGACGGCUGCCCCAAGGGCUUCUAUGGCAAACACUGUCGCAAGAAAUGCCACUGUGCCAACCGGGGCCGAUGUCACCGCCUCUACGGGGCCUGCCUCUGUGACCCGGGGCUCUAUGGCCGCUUCUGCCACCUUGCCUGCCCGCCCUGGGCCUUCGGGCCGGGCUGCUCCGAGGAGUGCCUCUGCGAACAGUCCCACACGCAGUCCUGUGACCGGAGAGAUGGCACCUGCUCCUGCAAGGCUGGCUUCCGGGGCAGGCGGUGUCAGGCAGAGUGCGAGCCAGGCUUCUUCGGGCCAGGAUGCCAGCAUACGUGCACCUGUCCCCCAGGCGUGGCCUGUGAUCCUGUGAGCGGCGAGUGUCGGGAGCAGUGUCCUGCUGGCUACCGGGGGCAGGACUGUGGUCAAGAGUGCCCAGAGGGGACAUUUGGUGUGAACUGCUCAGGCUCCUGCUCCUGUGGGGGUGCCUCUUGCCACCGGGUCACAGGGCAGUGCCUGUGCCCACCAGGCAGGACCGGAGAGGACUGUGGGGCAGAUUGUCCUGAGGGCCACUGGGGGCUCGGCUGCCAGGAGAUCUGCCCUGUGUGUGAGCACGGUGCCCGCUGUGACCCCGUGACGGGAGCCUGCCUGUGCCUCCCCGGCUUCGUGGGCAGCCGCUGUCAGGACGCUUGCCCAGCAGGCUGGUUUGGACCCGGCUGUCAGACGAGGUGCUCUUGUGGCAACGAUGGGCACUGCCACCCGGCCACUGGGCACUGCAGCUGUGCCCCUGGCUGGACUGGCCUGAAUUGUCAGAGAGCCUGUGACAGUGGACACUGGGGGCCCGACUGCGGCUACCCCUGCAACUGCACCGCAGGCCACGGGAGCUGUGAUGCCAUCAGUGGCCUGUGCCUGUGUGAGGCUGGCUACGUGGGCCCACAGUGCGAGCAGCGGUGUCCCCAAGGAUACUUUGGACCAGGCUGUGGGCACCAGUGCCAGUGUGAGCAUGGGGCAGCCUGUGACCACGUCAGCGGGGCCUGCACCUGCCCAGCAGGCUGGAGGGGAAGCUUCUGUGAGCGAGCCUGCCCAGCUGGCUUCUUUGGGUUGGACUGCCGUGGCGCCUGCAACUGCUCCGCGGGGGCCGCCUGCGACAACGUGAACGGCUCCUGUCUCUGCCCGCCAGGCCGCCAGGGACCCCGCUGCACCCAGACUUGCCCAGCCCUCACCUACGGCCUUAACUGCAGCCAGGCCUGCACCUGCUUUAAUGGGGCCUCCUGUGACCCCGUCCACGGGCAGUGCCACUGUGCCCCCGGCUGGAUGGGGCCCACCUGCCUGCAGGCCUGUCCCGCUGGCCAGUACGGCCAGGGCUGCCGAGAAGCCUGCCUUUGCCAGAACGGGGGGAGCUGUGACCCUGUGUCAGGCCGCUGCACGUGCGCAGAGGGCUGGUCCGGCCUGGCCUGUGAGAAUGAAUGCCUCCCCGGACACUACGGAGCUGGCUGUCAGCUCAGCUGCGGCUGCCUCAAUGGAGGCCUCUGUGACAGGCACACGGGCCGCUGCCUCUGCCCUGCUGGCUGGACUGGGGACAAGUGCCAGAGAUCUUGUGCUGAGGGCACCUUCGGGGCUCACUGUGAGGAGCGCUGCAUCUGUCGUCGGGGAGCCUGCCACCAUGUCACGGGGGCCUGCCGCUGCCCCCCAGGAUGGAGGGGCUCACGGUGUGAGGAUGCCUGCCCACACGGCUGGUUCGGAGAGGCCUGUGUCCAGAGCUGCCGCUGCCCACCUGGGGCCUCCUGCCACCACGUCACUGGGGAGUGUCACUGUCCUCCUGGCUUCACCGGGCCUGGCUGUGAGCAGGCCUGCUGGCCCGGCACUUUUGGAGAGGACUGUAGGCACCUGUGCCAGUGUCCUGGCAAGACCCAGGCCUGCCACCCUGCCACAGGGGCCUGCGUGUGCAUGGCCGGCUACCACGGCACUGGCUGCCAGAAACGAUGCCCGCCUGAGCGCUAUGGUCCAGGCUGUGGACAGGUGUGUGGGUGUCGGAACGGGGGCUCCUGUGACGCAGCCACAGGGGCCUGCCACUGUCCUGCCGGGUUCCUCGGAGCUGACUGCAGUCUGACCUGUCCACCAGGUCACUUUGGCCUCAGCUGUGCCCAUGUGUGUGCAUGCGGGCAGGGGGCCACCUGUGACCCUGUGACCGGCACUUGCAUCUGCCCACCGGGGAGGACUGGCACCCACUGUGAGCAUGGCUGCCCCCAGAACCGGUUUGGCGCGGGCUGUGAGCUCCAGUGUGAGUGCAGACACGGAGCCCUGUGCCACAGCACCCAUGGCAGCUGCUCCUGCCGCCCGGGCUGGAUGGGGCCACACUGCGAGCAGGCCUGUCCCCCUGGGCGCUAUGGUGCCGCCUGCCUCUUGGAGUGCGCCUGUCAGAACAACGGCACCUGUGAGCCCGCCUCGGGCGCCUGCCGCUGUGGCCCUGGCUUCUACGGUCAGGCCUGCGAGCACCCCUGUCCCCCCGGAUUCCAUGGAGCUGGGUGCCAGGAGGCCUGUGAGUGUCAACAGGGAGCCUCCUGUGACCCCGUCAGCGGCCAGUGCUUCUGCCCAGCCGGCUUCCAGGGCCAGUCCUGUGAGAGGGGGUGUGAGCCAGGCUCCUUUGGAGAAGGCUGCCACCAACGGUGUGGCUGCAGUGGGGGGGCGCCCUGUGACCCCGUCAGCGGCCUCUGCCUGUGCCCACCAGGGCGCUCAGGAGCCACGUGUGACCUGGAUUGCAAACAGGGCCGCUUUGGACCCGGCUGUGUCCUGCACUGUGAGUGUUCAGCGGGGGCUGACUGUGACCCGGUCAGUGGGCAGUGCCACUGCGUGGAUGGCUACAUGGGGCCCACGUGCCGGGAAGGUGGGCCCUCCCAGUUCCUCGAGAGCCUGUCCCCAGCACAGGGCGCAGCGGCCACACGGCCAGUCUCCAGCAGACAGGUACCCAGCUCCGCAGGCACUAGCUGA